AUUUCUUCGAGGCCAAAUCUAAUUUGCUGCAAGAUUAUUCCAGUCCCGUUGGAGGGAACAGGAUCUGGGAUGGUGAAAGCUCCACUAUUGGUAACUAAAGGACAAGAAGCUCGGGUGCAGGGCUGGAUUCUGAGGACGAAGGGGGAUUAAUGGAACGGUGCUGUGGCCGUGCACUGUCCAACUAGCCACAUCAUCAUGGCUAACGACGCCACUGGACAACUCCGGGCUAGUUUAAAAUCUCAGCCUAUCUUCCCCUCGUCUCUCCACGAACAAACCCCACCUUACUCCUGGCUUCGGACAACACCAGACAAUUUGCUUUUCAAAGGAACUCAUCCUAACUCAAACCACCUCUCAAAACUUUAACAACCCCCUUAGUCAGGAUGGUCGCCAAAGUUCCCAGGAACUUUCGCUUGCUCGAGGAGCUAGAGAAGGGCGAGAAAGGCUUGGGAGCAGGUCAGUUUGCUCCCACUGUCCCUUUCCCCCAAAGUUGAUACACAGCUGACACCGUGUUUCCCCAAUGUUAAGACGGUUGCUCUUACGGUCUGCAGGAUGGAGAUGACGUGAUGAUGUCCAACUGGAAUGCUACCAUUCUGGGACCACCCCACGUGAGUUUCCUCGGCGCGCAUCCCCAGCUACAAGCUUACUCACAGGUCACAGAGCACCCAUGAGAACCGUAUUUACAGUUUGAAAAUACACUGUGGAGAUUCCUACCCGGACGAGCCUCCAGUUGUUCACUUUAUAUCCAAGAUCAAUCUUCCCGGCGUUGAUCCUAAUAAUGGCAGGGUUGGUAUCAACCUCGACCCUAGCGAGAUGUCGCUACUAACUUGUGCUCUUGAAAAGGUCGAUCUGCUCAAACUAGGUCGUGUAAGCCAAUGGAGCAGGGAUAACACCAUGGAGAAAAUUCUUGUGGCUUUGAGGGAGUAAGCCUUCCUUGGAUGUAGAUGGAAUGGAUUGAGUUCCGUGCUUACAAGCUUUUGUCAACUUCUAGACACAUGGCCAGUCCGAAUAACAGAAAGGUCCACCAACCACCCGAGGGCACUACUUUUUAGCUUUCGGUAGGAGAUGCAGCAAUCCGAUGGCCAAAUUUUUUUUGCGGAAUGGUUCAGGUUUCUCUCAGGCUUUACACAUCGAUAGUUUAGCCUAACACAGUAUUCUCCUUUCACUAUCACACUAUUAUAGGUGUGCGAGCUCCCUGGAGGUUUCUCGGUUCUGUGUUUAGCAAUUUAAGCAGUUAUCGCAUGACUUCUGCUGUAUGGGCUUGCGAAAAUAGAGUUAAACGUGAUGUCGGUAGCGGACUCUAGGGAGCCACGUUCUCUCGAUCCCGUACCGGUGUCAUAUUCAGCAUGGCAAACACUUGUACUAUUAGGUAGAUAUUGGUGCAGUGGGACCAACUAUCAAGAAGGUCCUGUGAUCCUCGUUCGUUUUUUUCUUUC